AUGUCCUCCGAGAAAGGCUUAGUCAUCACCCCGACCGAACAGCUUCCGUUUAAGUUUGAACUGAAGAAACAAAUCGCGACGGACUUAACGGUGCACAACCCGACCUCUCACGACCAAGCGUUUAAAGUGAAAACGACCGCCCCGAAGAAGUACUGCGUGAAACCGAACACCGGCAUCGUCCCCGCGGGCGCGACGACGGUGGUGACGGUGAUCAUGCAAGCGCAAAGGGAAGUGCCGGCGGAUUUGGAAAACUGUCGAGAUAAGUUUUUGGUGCAAAAUACAGUCGCGGAGAAAGGCGAGGGAGACGACGUGCCGGCUUUGUUCACGAAAGACGGGAAGAAGAUUCAAGAGACGAAGUUGAAGGUUGUGUUUACCGAAGCCGGCGGGUUGCCGGCGAGCGUGCCGGAAGAUAAAGAGACGGACGGAAGCGGGCCGAGUUUGAAUAGGUAUUUUUCGACGAAGCAGACGCCGAGCGCGGCGAGCGUUGAGAAAGGAGGUGGGAAGAGCGUCAGUUCGAGACCGAACGGGGAUAAAGUGGCGAGUUUGGAGGCGCAGAUGCAAGCGAUGCAGAAGCGAAAUAGACAGUUGCAAACGGAGUUGUCGAAAUCGAUGAAGCCGGGCGCGAACGGGUUUUCGUUUCUUAUGGUUUUGAUCGUGGCGUUGAUAUCGUUUUUAGUCGGGAUGUAUAUGAACAAGUAA